CGAGUGUGGAGGAUUUAGGAACAUUUUCCGUGCAUAUGGACGCUUUGUAAUUUCAUAACAACCGAACAUUAACCUUUAGGAUGGUCCUUUAUCAAUUAAACAGGAAAUGAUGUCGCGCGCCUGAACGCGUCUUUCUCCAUGACAGCUGCGACACGCGCCACUGCUUUCACUUCCGGUAAACACAUUCAGUCCUUGGCUACAGUAUAGAAGGGUUAUUAUGAGCGAAGUGUCAGAUAAAGUAGACGCCGUGGAAACACUUUCAGAUGGCGGUGUGUGUUACACGGUGUUUGAAGGCUCGUCGCAAGAGGAUGUGGCUUACGCUAAAGUUUUCUGGAGCUCCCUGUGUUUACAGCCUCCCAUCGAGUCCAGCUUAGUGGCUCUGGACAUCACACAGCGUCUGAAGGUAGCCAAGGCCCCGCAGACCAGUAAUACUGUUCCCACAGAGCCACCGUGGUCUACAGAAAAUGACGAGAUCCUACAGAAGGCUUACCAGCUACAGAUGCAGGAUGAGAAGCAGAGGUAUCUGGAAAUGGCAAAAAAGCAUGAUGAGAUCAUGGCACUCUUAAAGAAGCAUAGAGAAGAUCGGAUUAAGAAAGAAAUGGUAUCCCGUCUGCACAAGCCAAGGAGACCUGAGCUGACUGAAAGGUUUUCUUGCAAGGCUCCUCCUGAGGUUCUGGAUCAGGACAUAAAGGAAGUCCAAGAACUUGUAUAAAGGGUGCCACCAGCCUUUUGAAACCUAAUACUAUAAUUUUGUUUGGAGUAUAAGAAUAUGAAUAGUACUUUGCAUGAAACUGUCCCUGUAUAUCUUGUCUGUACACACUUAUUGUGGAAAACAAACUUUGUACACAUUUCUUUUAUUGAUUUAAACAUAUACAGUUGCAAACAAAAUGAUUUAUCCCCCAUUGCAAAUCAGGUUUAUUGUCAAAAUUUACAGACUUUCAGCUGUUUGCAAUGAACAAAUCAAUCAUUAUAAGUUGCAUUUUCAGUUGAAUUUGUGGAACCCACUUGAAUCAUUCGUUGUGUUGAACUAUUUCAAUCGCUUUUGUUUGAUUUGUUCAUUGCAAACAGCUUAAAGUCUGUAAGUUUUUACAAUAAACUUUUUUGCAAUGGGGGUUGAAUAAUUUUGAUUGUAACUGUAAGUCUGCAUGCACUACAUGUGAAAAGUCCACUGUGAAGUUUCUAAAAACUACUUCACUUCACAUGUGAUGUGCAUCUGACUUUUCUCUGAAAGGAAUAGAUAAGAGGAAUGGUGUGUGGUAAUGCAAAAUGUUAUCGUACCAGGUAAAGCCCACGAUGAUGGGUUCAUUUUACAUCUCAGUGCCUGGGAUUAGCUUGGUGUGUCAGGAAGUUGACUUGGCCCAAAUUGGGCUGAUAGUCAAUUCAUCAUAUUGGGUUGAGACGCUGGCCUGAAAUGGAACAGGCAAGAUUCAUUUUCUGGAUAUUUGCACUGCACCUUUUGAGAAGCAGCAAAUUAUGAAGUAAAAUAAAUCAGCUGUUACUGCAAGAAAAGAAAUGUUUUUGUUCACAUUAAAUAAAUUUUUAGUUGAAGAAUUCAUAAUUACACACAAAGCAUCCAUAAUAUUAAAAACAACGAAAGGUGACAUGAAUAACACUGA